UUUUCCACUAUAUGCCUCGACAUCAGGGAGUCUACAUCUACUACAUAACCACAGUGACUUUCUACGCUAUGUACUACUUCCUUUUGUACGGCAUUUUCAAGCUGAAAUUACCGACAAAACUCAAAUUAUUCGCGGGAAAGGCGGGAAGUGAAUAAUGGCGGGUACGAAGCCACCUGGCGUGAAAAAUUGUAAUCUUGACAUACAGUGACAUUAGAAGAAGAGCAAACAAUAAUCGUGUUUUGACUAGGAUUUCUGCAAAUAAUACCACAUUUACAAAUGAAAUAAGCACAAAAAUGCCCACAGUAAUCGCCCUAGAUGUGUCUCUAUCGAUGUCGAGGUGUGUUUCGACGCAGGGCAGUGAAAAUACGACAUAUCAUCAAUUGGCGAUAGCGGCAGUCAAUCAAUUCUUGGAUCAUCUCUUGGCCAAUAAUUCCAAGUUGGAAUUUGUAUCUCUGGUCAUCUACUCUUCCCUGUACGAAGUUGUGGUGGACUUCACCAGGGACUAUGACGCCAUCCGGAAGGCUCUGGGCAAGGUGGAUCACUAUGACAAGACGUGCCUGGAGAAUGUCCUGCACGCGCUCAACAGCAUCUUGCUGACGAAUUGGGGCACGCAGAAUCACUGCCAAAUCCUGGUCUUCACAGAUUGUGGCCUGGGCUUCGGCUCCACGUCCAUUGACAAUGUCAUCCAGCGGAUUGUGACCACGAAGCAACCGCUGCCCUUCGCCUCGCCCAGCAAAUUGAACUUCAUCUGCCUGGGAAACACGUUGGACACGCAAUUCCUGGACGCGACGAAAGUGUACCAGAAAAUGCUGGACAUCAGUGGCCAGAAGGGUCAAUUGUUCAUCCCGAAGGCGAUAGAGAAUGUGGAGUUUGUGAAGAUCAAGAAGGAGGACAAGUACGGCUCGUCCUCCUCGAAGGAGGACGACGUGGUGAAGGUGGAAAUCCCAAUUGCGCCCGGAUUGACGCGCCAGAGCGUCCGCGAGAUGACGGAGCGCGUGUGCGAGAUGAACUACAGGCAGUUCGAUGCCAUCCUCAACUGUGGCAGCUACUUCAAGCUGGAGUGUCCGGUGCUGAUCUGGCCGCCGCCGCUGCCCUACACCACCACCGAUCUGCUGGGCAUGGAGAGCACGAGGCACAUCUCCCGGAAGAUCGAGGUGUGCGGCUUCAUCAACAUCUCGGACAUCGGCUCGCCCAUGUCCGUGAGUCGACACUUGCUGAUGCCCAAGACGGAGGAGAAGCCGGUGAAGAACGAGAAGAUCCUGCGCACGGGACGCCAGGGCGGGGAUCUGCUGUCCAUGGACUAUGAGCGUCUGGAGGCGGAGAUCAAGAACUUCUAUGCGAAGGGCGAGACGAAUUCCGACGACGAGGGCUCCGGCAAUGCCACGUCCAAUGAGUCCACGCGCGAGUCCAUCUGCGUGCUGCUCCACGGAGCGCUGAAGAUUGAGAAUAUGGCCGCUCUGGUGCUCCUGGGCGACAACUGGUACGGCUUCAUCUACUCCUAUGCCGACAGCAAGAAGAAGUCCAACAUGAUGCUGACGAUUCUGCCGCCGGGAGCGGAUGUGGUGCCGUGGCUGGGCGAUCUGCGGCUCCUGGGCACGCUGGAGGAUCUGAUGCACGGCGAGGCGAUGCCGAGCUUCCCCGUGAAGCCGGACAAGAGGAGCUACUCGCAGAACUGCGUGGUGUGGAUCAAGCAAUCCGGCCUGCAGUCGGACAUCCAGAAGGUGUUGCGCCACGCCAAGAAGCUGCCCGAGAAGACGCAGCACUUCUACAAGGAGCUCAACCGCAUCCGGCGCGCCGCCCUCUCCCUGGGCUUCGUGGAGCUCCUCGAGGGCCUGGCGUGCAUCUUCGAGCGCGAAAUACCCACGCUGCCGCCCAAUGCCAGCCCGGAUUGCGCCAUGCAACUCAAGCACGCCGCGAUGGAGCUGAAGAAGUUCAACCUGAGUCGCGACAUGAAGCACUCGAUCGUGCCGUAUCCCACCAAGUACAAUCAAUAGAGGACGAAGUGGGUGACUCUUUAAAUUAGUAUACAUUUUCUCACAAUUAUCAAUAAUAAAUAAAAAUUCAAUAGGAAAAUAA